CACUCCCUCUCCCCCCACCCCCUCGGCCGCAAGUUUCUCUCGAGCUUCGAGCUGCACAGCUGUCAAGCAGCCAAAAUGUCGCAGUGUAAUAACUGCGAAGAUGAUACCUGACUCGUGCAUUUAGCUCCUUUUUAUUUGACCUGAAUUUUAGCGUUUUAUCAGCCUGUAUGAUUUGAUCGUCAACCAUCUUACAUGCGCAUCUGCUACUUGUGUUGAAGUCCAUGAUGGCCAGUUCGCCUAGGUUAGGAUUUUUUCAGGCAGUCCGGGAAAGACUGCUUACCAUCUGAAAGCUCUCAUCUUAUUGUACCAGUAGACUGCACAAGAAAGUCAAUAUAGACUUGUGUAUGUGCUGUCAAAGCUAUACUUUGGUGUCUAGCACAUACCAGUCUACUUUCUGAGUUAUUGUCUGGAGAAACCGAGACGACACAAUGUUUGCUGCCUUAAAGAGAAUGACAGGGAAGGGGGAAACCCCGACCCUUGGAGGCUUGCCAGCAACUCCUCGCCCAGGUCUUCAGUCUAUGGCACAUAAUCUGCAGCGCAAGUUUGCACGUGGUGUUCAGUACAACAUGAAAAUCAUCAUUAAGGGAGAUCGAAAUGUAGGUAAAACUGCGCUGUUUCACCGACUGAAAGGGGAAAAAUUUAUUGAAGAAUAUGCUCCUACAGAAGAAAUUCAGGUUGCAAGUAUUCAAUGGAGCUACAAAGCUACCGAUGAUGUAGUAAAGGUUGAGGUAUGGGACGUAGUUGAUCGGGGGAAGAAGAAAAAACGGAUCGACGGUCUGAAGCUAGACAAUGCUGGUCCUAUCAAUGAUCUACCGGAAGAGCCAGUUCUUGAUGCAGAAUUUUUGGAUGUGUACAAGGGUACCAAUGGUGUUAUCAUGGUUUUGGACAUUACAAAGAACUGGACAUUUGAAUAUGUUCAGAGAGAAUUGCCUAAAGUACCAACACACAUUCCAGUCCUAGUUCUUGCAAACCACUGUGAUAUGUCCCACCAUCGAGUUAUCACACCAGACCACAUUAUAUAUUACAUCGAGAGCCAACAAAGACCUGAAGGAUGUGCCCAAAUUCGUUAUGCCGAGUCUUCUAUGCGUAAUGGAUUUGGAUUGAAGUAUUUGCAUAAGUUUCUCAAUUUACCAUUUUUGCAACUUCAGCGAGAGACUUUGCUUGCUCAGCUUGAAACCAAUGGCAAUGAAACAACAGCCACUGUUGCAGAACUUGAUGCCUUCCAGGCUGGUCCUGAUGCUGAUUACAACCAAUUUCUUGAGAACCUGGUGAAUAAACGCCGCCAGGUGGCUGAGUCUACAUCUUCUGCAGGAACUCAAGCUCAAUCUUUUUCUGGAGUAGGCCAUGCACCCUCUGGUCUGCCUCAUUCUUCCACCUCCCAACAACUGUCUUCGCCAAUGACUCAAGCAAAUGAUUCUGGCAUGCGCCGAAGUUCCUCGACUCCAGGUCCUGUUGGCCCCAUCGGAGGAGGUCAACCUAUUGGAGGAGGUCAACCUAUUCCGGGAGGGAUCCCCAUAAAUGGUGGUCCUUCAAGUUCUGGUCCAACUUCUUCAUCACAGCCCCCCGUGCCGAGUGCACCUGAGAAGGGUGUGGGUAGUGAUGUUAUCGAUGGGAUGGCAGACUCUGGGAAGAAGCAGACUGGGUUAAUGUCUAAGCUUUUUGGAAAGAAGGACCUUGUGGAAACUGAUAAACGGCUUGAUUUAUCAUUGGAAGGUGCAGCAAAAAGUAUGGCUGGAAAUGUUGUUAGUGUGGAAGAAUUCGUACCUGAUGGCGGUGUGAUUGACAGGUCGUUUUUGGAAGACUCAACUCCAACAGUGCAGAAUACAACCACCCAACAAUCAGUUGAUUCUGAUAGCGAAGUUGAACCAGAUGGAAACCCCCUAGUUGCGGGCUUCCAGGAUGAUAUAGACUCUGAUGAAGAUCUGACGCAACCUCUCCCGGGUGUAACUAUUGCUGAUGCUGAGACUGAAAACGACCCUGAUGAUGAAGUACCACAACCAGUUCAUGUCUCAUCCACAUCCGAGUCACCAGUUCCAGUUCGAAAAUUAUCAACAGCAUCCAGCACUGGAAAGAAGUCUGUGCAAGAUGAAGGAUCGCUGGAUGGUGAAGUCUCUACAAUUACAGGAGAUGCCCUUGAUGCUUGGUUCAGUUCUGACAGUAAAUUACGAAGGAGUCCUGAAGGUGGAGAAGAUACCGGAUCCAGAGCUUCUGGAGGGUCUCGAGGCUCAAGGGAUGGAGAUAAUUUACCAACACCACCUUCCUCUAACACAUCUGAAAAGAAAAAGAAGCAGAAAAAAGAAAAAGAGCAGGAAAAGGAGGAUGAUAAAGGGAGCAGCAAAAAGCAUAAGAAAAAAUCAAAGGAUAAGGACAAAGAAAAGGAACGUGAGAAGAAAAAAAAGUCAGUUAAGAAGCUUCAAUCUGAAGAGCGGAGUAGAGAUGAGUUGGAAGAAUUUUUGAAUGGUUCCACAUCAUCUCCAGUGGAGUCAGCUUAUGAGGCCCUAUGAGUACCAUAUUGAAACUACUUAUAAAAAUUGACUUUCAUCUCUGAGUUGUUUGUGCCAUUUCAAUUUAUAUGAAGCUCAAACAUAUUCCAUUUUUCAUUCCUGUCCAAUAGAACUUACGUAUUACUAUAAUUAUUGCUGCUAGUUACUGGCAAAACAUUUGCUUUUACGAGCGAAAAUACUUCAUAAUAAGAGGAGUGAUGAUUUUUUUCAGUUUACAAGGCAUGUAAAUCAUCACUCAGCAGUUAUCCCCAAUUUCACUUUUUUCUUGUUGCUUGAUAAUAAUAAUAAAUUGGACAUGUACAAUUUAUCUUACUGUUUUGACCAGAAUGAAAAUUAAUUAUAUCUCCUCUGGUGUUUCUGUACUUACUCCACUCUUGUUCAGCAGUUGUGUGAGAAAUGAAUUGCCAGAUGUUGUCAAUUUUGGAUUUUUAUUAAAUCAUGUGCCCAAACCUGUGCAAUUGUUUGUAAAUCUCAUUAAUUUUAAUGUGGGGUGGAAGACCCUGUUUACUAUUUCAGUCAGAUGCACUGUUCAAAAUAAGUUUUUGAAGUGCAUUAAGAAGUACAUAAUGGUUUGGCUAUUGUAAGAGACAGCAGAGAGUUUGUUGAUAUUAAAUUAAUACUGGUUUCUUGUGUUAUGGAUAUUGAUACAGAGAACUGAGCUGGUGGAAGUAAUUAUUUUUUACUAUCUCUGAUAAAGUGAUUUUUUCUUCUACAAAAGCUUGUUCCUCCCCAGCUGUGUUCUGCGAAUGAUGAAUGUCCCAGAAGCAGCCUUUAGGAACCCUGACAUAAAACCUGUUAGAAGUGGCUGUGACUAGAAAAUCUGUUGUUUAUAAGGGUAUUUUUUAAUGUUUCCCAUCUUGAAGAGUACUUAUGAGUUUUUUAAUAGAUCCACAAAAUGAAGGACUACUUCAGUCAGCGCCAGUAAAUUUAUUUUUGUUGGGCAUAUAUUUGUUUAUUAAAAGUAGUCCUUCAUUUUACUGUUCUUGCAUAUUGACUAUGUAAAUCUGCCCCUGCCCAAAAUGAGAUCACAUGAAAGUGACACUGAUGGUUCUUGGUAAUUUUUUUAAUUUGGUACAUUAUCAUUUAUCUUGACAGCAUAAUAUUCAUCUUAGUAUCCAAUUUUAUACAAGUGUGCUUAAGUUUAUGCUUUAAAUUGGUACCCAAGGCAGUGUGUGCAAAUCAUUAAUAUGGCAGGUAUCAAAAUUUGUUCUUGUUGAAAGAUGAGCUUCAGUGAGAUUCUACCCCUGUGAAAAUAGGUUUAUUGUAUCUGCUCUCUUUCUCUCAUUUUGUUUUAAACUUGUUAUCAUUUUUAACUUGAAAGCUUUAACAAAAGAAAAAGAAAAGAAAAAAACAAACAAGUAUUUACUAUUUCUUUCAAAAUAAACGUGACUGUUUAUUUAUGCUAA